AUGAUCGACUACAACUUCGGCAUCCCAACCCUCCCCUACAUCUCCGGCCGCGAGUACAGCGGCACAGUCCUCCUCACCCCAACAACACCCUCGUCUCGCAUCAAAAAAGGCGACCGCGUCCUCGUCCCUUCAACCGACUACCGCGACCCGCGCAAAGCCGCAUACCAACACUACAGCAUCGCAUCCACUUUCAACACCAUCCGCCUGCCUCCCAACCUCUCUCUGAACUCGGGCAGUAUCCUAGGCGUAGCUUUUGUCUCCGCCGCCCUCACACUAGGAAUAUGUCUCGGCCUCGAUUUCUCCGACAUUGAGGACGGGCCUGACAUUCUCGGUAUUGUACGGAGUCUGGAUCAGGAGGAUAUACCGGGUGAUAUACGACAAGAAUGUUUCCAUAGUAUUGGCGCCAAAGAACGUAUCAAGACCGGAGAUAAUCUGGUUAUUUGGGGCGCAGGAUCAGUCUGUGCGUUCGUCACGAUGCAAAUAGCGCGGCUAGCAGGGGUGAAAGUCAUAGCAGUUGUCGAUGCCGUAAAACACGGUCACAGACUUCUGACCUCGGAAGCAGCGCGACCAGAUUAUCUCGUCGACGCCCACGAUCCAGGAAGAGCGGUGGAAGUAAUCCGCGCCUAUACGGGGAAGACAGGCGCGCGAUUUGGCUUCGACACGCUGGGUAGAGAAACAGCGGUGCACUUGAUGAGCGCUCUUGCACAUCCUACUGUUCCAUCGUCAUCACAAGCCAAACUGCCGACUCCGCCAUCGACACCGCAUACCCCCGUUUCUACGGCGCAGCGAUCUCAUCUCGUGGGCUUGACGGGUCUGCCGAAGGAGAACGUACCGAAAGACGUUGCGCUGCACAGUGUGCCUAUCAAGCUAUACCACGAAGUGCCGCAAGUGGGCGAGGCGCUUAGUGCGUGGUGCGAACGUCUGCUCGCCAAAGGGAUGUUGGUACCGCCGGAUGUUGUGGGUACGGUGGAGGGGUUGGAGGGCGUGAAUGCGGGGUUAGAUCGGAUGAGGCGGCGGGAAGUCAGUGGUGGGAGAUUGGUUGCUGUGUUGAAGUAG